GGCCUCAUAGCAGGCAGCAUAAAGGAGACGUUCAGGGCUCUCCGGCAAAUAAAAAACUUCAUGGCUGGAAGAAGUCGACGGCGAUGCGCGCGGCUAGGCUAGGCUAAAGCUAGUCUGAGGCUGGGCUGGGCUUUGCGGAGGGGACGCUUCCGAAGGCGGCCGAACCUCCAUAAGGGCCUUGUUUUUUUAUUUUUUGUCUUUUUAAAAAAAAAAAAAAAAUCUUAUUAUAAGUGUGAGCUUGCUGGAAACUAACAGAAGAACCGCUUUCGUCUCGUGCGCCUUUUCCGAUGGAACAUUUGAGUUAAUUAGCCUCGGAGAAAAAGAGAAGCAGGACCGACGAGUCAGCGACCCCCCCACAAGGCUUCUUCCUCCUCCUCCUCCUCCUGUGUGGCGGUGACCGAAUUGGUACCAUGGCAGCUACUUUGUCGGCCGAGGAAGAAGAGGCUAUCAGACAGUUCCUGGAGGAAAUCACCAAGUGGACCAGUCAGCAUGGAGUCUCGCCGCUCUCCAGGGAACUGGCCGUCAAGUUCCUCAUGGCGCGCAAGUUCGACGUGUUCCGGGCCAUCCAGCUGUUCCACAGUUACAGGGAAACGCGGCUGAAAGAAGGCAUCGUCAGACUUCAGCCUCAAGAAGAACCUCUGCGCUCGGAGCUGCUCAGCGGAAAGUUCACAGUGCUGAGUGCACGGGAUCCGUCAGGAGCCUCCAUCGCCUUGUACACUGCCAAACUUCAUCACCCAAACAAGACGGGCAACCACGUGGUUCUGCAGGCACUCUUCUACCUCCUGGAUCGCGCCGUGGAGAGCUUCGAGACUCAGAGGAACGGCUUGGUGUUCAUCUACGACAUGGCCGGUUCCGACUACACAAAUUUUGAGCUGGACCUGAGCAAGAAGAUUCUCAACUUACUGAAGGGGGCGUUCCCGGCCAGGUUGAAGAAGGUGUUGAUUGUCGGGGCGCCGGUGUGGUUUCGGGUGCCCUACAACCUGCUCAGUCUGCUGCUGGAGAAACUUCGGGAGCGCGUCCAGUUUGUGAAGAUGGUCGAGCUGCGCCAGCACCUCCCCAGGGACUGCCUUCCCCAGCACCUGGGAGGCCUUCUUCCCCUGGACACCUUCAGCUGGAACCAGCAGCUUCUGGCGGGCCAGAACGGCCGCGUGGACCCCGUGGAUGAGCUGGUGGGCAUCCCCUUGGAGGACUCCUCCAUUCACAUCCCGGGACCAGAAUCCAUGCGCCCGCAGGAGCUGCUGACGCACCUCGGCAGACUCCAACGCUCCGGCAUCCACCUGGAGUACGAGGAGCUCCGGAGAGAAGCGCCGCCGGGGACCUUCCACUGUGCACAAGCCGUCUACAAUCUGGAGCGGAAUCGAUAUGGAGAUGUUCUGUGUCUCGAUCAAACCAGAGUCCGCCUGAAACCACGAAAGAACGAGAGAUCUGACUACAUCAACGCGAGCUUCAUGGAUGGUUACAAACAGAAGAACGCGUAUAUUGGUACUCAAGGUCCCCUGGAAAAGACAUACGGUGACUUUUGGAGAAUGGUUUGGGAGCAAAAUGUGCUUGUUGUCGUCAUGACAACCAGGACGGAGGAGGGCAGCCGAAGGAAAUGCGGACAGUACUGGCCCCUGGUCGAAGGUGGCCAGGAGGUCUACGGUCACAUAGCUGUGGUGAAUCAAAGGGUGGACCACUACACCCACUACAACCACACCAUCCUUGAGCUGCACAACACUGAGACAUGUGAACAAAGGCAAGUGAGUCAUUUCCAGUACCUCAGCUGGCCCGACUACGGCGUCCCGACCUCGGCGGUGACUCUCAUCGACUUCCUGUCGGCCGUGAAGAAAGAGCAGUGGAAUAUGAUGAAGGCCUUGGGACCUCAGUGGACGGGAUACCCGCAGAGACCCCCCAUGGUGGUUCAUUGUAGCGCUGGGAUCGGCAGGACGGGUACCUUCUGUGCCUUGGACAUCUGUCUGUCGCAGUUACAAGACGUGGGCUCGCUCAACGUGUGCCAGACGGUGCGACGCAUGAGAACCCAGAGGGCCUUCAGUAUCCAAACCCCGGACCAGUACUACUUCUGCUACAACGCCAUUUUGGAGCAAGCCCAAAGGCAAGGCUUGCUCCCGACCAAUCAGUGAGCUGCGCUUCAUUCCGCACACCCAUUUCCAUCCAUAAUACACCCAGCCAUAAAAUUCUGCUGUUUGCCCCAAGACGCUCGUCUUGCCAAGUGCUGUCCUUGUCUUUCCUGGAACCAUUCGUUAGCAUGUGACAAUGUGUGUGUGUGUGUGUGUGUGUGUGUGUGUGUGUGUGUGUGUGUGUGUUUGUGUGGCUGUAUGGAGUCCAGGAAACAGGUUGUAUGGUCUAAUUGUAUGGCAGCCUAAGCAGUAAAUCCACCAAAAACGCAGUUUAUUUUUUUUUUUACUAACAAACUUCACGUUUUUUUAAAUGUUUUUUGUUUUUUAACUUUAGGGUAAACCGUUUUUGCAGGUGUUAGGAAGCGAGCCCUAUUGCAAGUUAACAGACCCCCGCAAAAAAAACCUUUUAAUUAUUAUUAUUAUUUUUUAGUUCCAACCAAGGAUAGGCAACUUAAAUACUUUGAAGCCAACACGGGCUGAAAAAAGCAAACAAAUGGGCUCUCUUGCAUCAAAAUGAUGGCACAAAACUGCUGAACAACACAAAACACAUUCAUCAUUUUUAAACUAAAGUAAACUCUCAGAAAAUGUUAAUAUUUCCAAGUCCUAUCUUUGUACUUGCUGUAUAUCAUUCCAAAUCUGCGACUUGCCAUCUAGUGUUGAUUGGUGGUAUUACAACUUAAAAUGACAGCUAAGCGUCGCCUUUCUACAUGCAAAGAUGUCCACCGUAUCGCUUCAACAUACUUCCUGGACACUGAUCAGCACUUUCCUCUUUGGGUGAUAACAGAGCGCACAAAACUACGCACAGAUGCUUUUCGGUGAGUUUUAGCAGCAAAUAUCUGAAAAUAGCCAAAAAUACAAAUAUGUGAAGCUGUAAAUAGUCUUCGGCAGUUAUUGUUUUAUGGAAGGUAAAAUACACCUGGUGCACAAUUUUCUUAAAGAGGAGGAAACUGCCAAGUUGCUCUCUUUUUAUGCCCAAGGGUCCAAGUUGUUUUUUUUUUAUUUUUUUUAUCAGUUGUUUUAGUACAAGUUGGAUGCCAGAGUAGCUGAUAAGAGCGAGCAGCAAAAGACCGCUUGUGCUACUUUGCACAAUAUGACACACGAGCAAGCCACUCGCACAUUUCCAUCCGUUUUUGCCUGUCCCAGCUAACACACACACACACACACUCGCACCAGUCUUCAGUGAAGUGAUCCAAAUUCCGGUCGUGUUCAAACUCCCGAAAAUGGCAACUGUUAAGCGAAUGUGCUCAUCCCUCCCUUCUGAAAAAAAAGGACAUUCCGCGGGAAAAGCCAAGUGUUGGUGAGUGGUGCAAUAUUUUCCCCUCACACAAACACAUAUAUAUAUACACACACACGCGCUCACCAUGUCUUAGCACUUUUCACCAAGAGCCCCAAUAUACUUGGAAAUGUCAGCAGUGAUGUAUGUAGAGAUAAUAUAAAAAUGAACCAUUUAUAGAUCUUCAGAAUGCACACAUGUGCCUACUUUAAGUCCCAAGUGUUGUAUGAGACGGAUUUUAAAAUGUGUGUGUUGCUUUUAAGUUCCAGACUGUGGUUGUAAAUGUGUGCUUGCAUCUUGCCACAUUGUUUUAAGUAUAUAAGUAUGUAAAAUAUCAGAGUAUACUGUGUUAUUGUAUGUGUGUCAUGCACCAUGUUGUAGUCGGGUCAAGAUUUUUCUCUUUUUAUGUUAACUACAGAAUUCAUAUUGAAUUUACUUGUAGUGAAGCAUUUUUUUUUUUUUUUUUUUUACAUCUGCCGUUGUCAUUUUCCCCGCCGCUUCCUUCAAAGCCGAAAUGUGGCCUAUUUUUAUUUUUCUAUCCUAUUCAACAGCUGUUUUCAUACGGGAUAUAUAAAGUUAUUUACAUUAAUUUUAUAUUUGUUUUAUUAUAACCUAUUACUGUACUUUAUCAUUAUUGUGAAUACUGAAUCAAGCUAUACUGUAAUAAAUACAAACCAUGUCAAUGUG